AUGCAAAACAGUGAAGCUAUGAGUCUCUUCCAUGUUGACGCUAGUGGAAUUCUCGUAGUGGAAAGCGGGGCGCUGCAGCAGCUCGGGGGUCAUGGCGGCCUCCGCGGCGCCCUCUGGCAGCUGCUCAGGGUCAACGAUUUGAAGAUAGGUGCCCUAGUAGGUGUUGACAAAUAUGGAAACAAAUACUAUGAAGACAAAAAGUAUUUUUUUGGUCGUCAUAGAUGGGUUGACUAUACUACUGAAAUGAAUGGCAAAAAUACAUUCUGGGAAGUGGAUGGAAGCAUGGUGCCACCGGAAUGGCAUUGUUGGCUUCACUGCAUAACUGAAGACCCUCCAACUACUCAUCCACCAGCUGCUCGUAAAUUCAUUUGGGAGAACCAUAAAUUCAAUCUGAGUGGCACUCCUGGGCAAUAUGUCCCUUUCUCUACAACGCGUAAAAAGAUACAGGAGUGGGUCCCACCUACGACUGCUAACAAAUAAUUGAAAAGCCUGACUUGCCUAAAACUAGGUUCUCAAUGUGAACUGUACCUUUAUUGUUUGGUUGGUUUAAAAUAAAAGCCUCUGACAAAAGU